AUGGCGACUUCGUAUAUCCUGAUCAAAGGGGCAACUGUGGUCCCCAUGCAGCCAUCACGCAGCACCGUCCUCAAAGACCACGACAUUCUGAUAGAAACCUCAUGGAUCAAAGCUGUAGGCCCGAAUCUUUCUCUGCCGAGUCCCGAAGACGGCAGUACAGCAGUCACGGUCGACGCCACGAACUGCAUUAUCACCCCCGGCUUCGUCAACGGGCACCACCACAUGUGGCAGCAUCUCCUGCGUGGCCUCACCCUGGAUUGGUCUCUCUUCGGAUAUGCCUGCCACCUGCGAAUGGUCUACGGGAGUCUGUAUACGGCGGAAGAUGUCGGCGUCGCCAACUAUGCAGCUGCGAUGAGUCUGCUGAAUAAUGGGAUUACAACUGUGCUCGAUCACUGCCACGUUGUGAACUCGCCGGAACAUGCUGAUGCAGCAGUCAAGGGCUUAAAAGAUUCCAGAAUUAGGGGGACAUUUUGCUAUGGGUUUUACCAAAACCCACCUGUUCCUGGCGAGCCUGAGAGUGCAGCUACUGAUGCCUUUGAUCAGGCCGCGAGGUUUGAGGAUGCGCUCCGGGUGCGACGCGAACAUUUCCCAAGCAAUGAUCUUGGCGAGGCACUUCUUACCUUUGGAGUUGCUCUGGACGAUCCGACGAACCUGUCGCCCGAGGAAAAUGUCAGGGGGUUGGAGGUUGCGAGGAAGUUGGAGCCUCGAAUUACCACAGCGCAUGCUUCAGUCGUGUCCCAUGGUGAGCCGAAACCUGAGAUCGUGCAGCAGCUUGAGGAUGCCGGGAUGAUGGGAUCGGACCUCGUUUUGAGCCAUGGGGUUUGGUUUACGAGCGACGAGCUGGAGGCCGUGCGAAGGUCUGGAGCAGGCGUUGUGGGCACACCAGACACGGAGCUGCAGAUGGGCAUGGGGUAUCCCAUCGUGUGGAAGGCCAGUGACCUGGGAUGUCGAACCGGCCUUGGACUGGAUAUCACUUCUAACCAGGGAAACGACUUUGUCGCGCAGAUGCGACUGACGCUCCAAGCACAACGAGCGCGCGAGUAUGACCAGACGGUGCAGACGGGCCUGCGCAGAAAGACAGCAGACGUGCUGCAUAUGGCGACUCUGGGAGGCGCAGAGGCGAUGCAGAUGGAGUCAAUAGUUGGGUCCAUAGUGCCUGGAAAAAAGGCCGAUUUGAUCUUCUUUCGAUGCGAUGAUAUCGAGACAGUGCCGGUCUUGGACCCUAUUGCAACGGUGGUCUUCCAUGCAUCGCCAAAGAACAUCGACACCGUGAUUGUCGAUGGGAACAUCGUCAAGCAGGACGGCCGUCUAACCCAGCUGGACUGGCCAUCGCUACAGAAGCAGGUACAAAGCAGGUCUGAACGACUGAGGGAGGAGGCAGCAAGGGUCGACAUGACCAGUGCAGAGACUCGCUUCCAAGCGGUAUUUCAGCGGGUGAUGCACGGUUAG